AUGACUACCGAGGAAACAAAAUUGGCGAAUUACUCGUCCGAAGAUUCGCAGAGCAAGCCUGGGAAACCAUCCGCGGCAGAUAUGCUCUUCUACUACGAGAGGUUGCUCCCCUUCAAGCAAAUUUUUCAAUGGCUAAGUCAUUCGCCGAAGGCUACCAAGGACUUCACUAUGAGAGAAUUUGCAUACGAAUUUCGACUGGGAGCAUACCAAAGAUAUAACUCAUAUUCUUCAGCUGAAGAAUUCAAGAAGUCCGUUGUUAAUGCCAACCCUACCCGUUUUGAAGUGGGUGCGGUUUAUGCUGUAAAUCCCAAGGAGAGAAAGAACUUACCAAAGAGCGCUAUGAAGCCAGUGUCUAAAGAAUUGGUAUUUGAUAUCGAUCUUACUGAUUAUGAUGAUAUCAGAACCUGCUGUUCCAAAACUGAUAUUUGCACCAAGUGCUGGAAGUUUAUUCAAGUUGCGUCUCAAGUUGUUACGUCUGCAUUGAAGGAAGAUUUCGGCUUUGAGCACAUGGUGUGGGUUUUUUCAGGAAGAAGAGGUGCCCAUUGCUGGGUGAGUGAUUCACGUGCCCGUUCGUUAGAUGAGAGUGCUAGAAAAUCAAUUGUCGAAUACCUUGAUGUUCUUGGAGGGCGUACUCUGAAAGUGGGACGAACACUGCUUGGGUUGAGAAAGCCAUUUCACCCACAUGUAGAAAGAUCGUUCGACAUAUUAAGGCAACAUUUCCAGACAGUAAUAUUGGAUGAACAGAAUCCUUGGGUCUCAUCUUCAGGAUCUCCAGAAAACUGGGAUCAAAUUGAAAACCUUUUAUCAUUCCUUCCCGAACAAGCUCUCCGCACUGCUUUGAGAACUAAGUGGAAGGAACAGGCGUCUAUUUCUACUUCUAAAAAUAAGUGGGACGACUUGAACACCGUUGCUCAGAAGAUUCUCAAGAAUCAGGGCCAGGUCAACCAACUCAAUGAAGCAAAAAAAGAGAUCAUCAUCUACUACAUGUACCCAAGAUUGGAUAUUGAGGUGUCUAAACAGAUGAUCCACUUGUUGAAAUCUCCAUUUUGUAUUCACCCAGGAACAGGCAAUGUGUGCGUUCCAUUCGACCCGCUACGCAAUAUAUCUAGUAAUCAUGAAGAUGACGAUUAUGGUUUCAAUCCAAUGACAUCUCCCAGUUUGGCAAAAUUGCAGAAUGAAAUCGAUGUUUGGGAGGCUAAAAGAGUGAAUCGGGACUCCAGCCAACCUCCAGAAGAAUCCGACUCAGAUAAUCAACCAUCAACCCGAAUUCCAGAUUACCAAAAAACAAGCUUAAAGCCAUAUGUGGAAUACUUUGCAUCAUUUGUGAGUGGCAUAACGGCAGAGGAACUCAAAGAUGCCAAGAGGGGUGCUGAUAAUUUGGAAUUUUGA